GGAUCCCGCUGCCCUGAGCCAUGGCGUGCUGCCUGUCGGAAGAGGCGAAAGAGCAAAAGCGUAUCAACCAGGAGAUCGAGAGGCAACUACGUAGGGAUAAACGAGAUGCAAGGAGAGAACUUAAGCUUUUAUUACUCGGUACUGGUGAAUCGGGAAAAUCCACGUUCAUUAAACAGAUGAGAAUUAUUCACGGCUCCGGUUACUCGGAUGAAGAUAAGAGAGGAUUCAUCAAGCUGGUCUACCAAAAUAUAUUCAUGGCGAUGCAGUCGAUGAUACGGGCGAUGGAACUACUCAAGAUCGAGUACGCGGAAUCAUCGAAUAUAGAAAAAGCGGAACUCGUGAGAGCAGUCGACUUUGAGACGGUCACGACAUUCGAAAGUCCAUACGUUGAAGCGAUCAAGGACUUAUGGGCAGACGCCGGAAUUCAAGAGUGUUAUGAUCGCAGACGAGAGUAUCAACUAACAGACUCUGCUAAGUAUUACCUAAUGGAGAUAGAUCGAGUUGCGGCGCCAAACUAUCUCCCUACAGAACAGGACAUACUUCGUGUGAGAGUACCUACUACCGGUAUAAUUGAGUAUCCUUUUGACUUGGAAGAGAUCCGAUUUAGUUAUCUUAGUGACCUAGAACGUAUUGAAAAGCCUGAUUUUCUUCCUACCGAGCAAGAUAUUCUUCGGGCUCGAGCUCCCACUACCGGCAUUAUAGAAUAUCCAUUUGAUCUGGACUCCAUCAUAUUUAGGAUGGUAGAUGUAGGUGGACAGAGAUCAGAAAGAAGAAAAUGGAUUCAUUGUUUUGAGAACGUCACUUCCAUUAUAUUUUUAGUAGCUUUAAGUGAAUACGAUCAAAUUUUAUUCGAAUCGGAAAACGAGAAUCGAAUGGAAGAAAGUAAAGCGCUCUUCAAAACGAUUAUAACAUAUCCCUGGUUCCAACAUUCUUCCGUUAUUUUGUUCCUAAAUAAAAAAGAUCUACUCGAAGAGAAAAUAAUGUAUUCUCAUCUGGUGGAUUAUUUUCCUGAAUACGAUGGCCCAAAGCAACAAGAUGUACCGGCCAGGGAAUUCAUCUUAAAGGUCUAUCUCAAUACGAAUCCUGAUCCUGACCGCAUGUGCUACUCUCACUUCACGUGUGCGACAGGGCCACAAAGAGAUGCCAUAGCCGCUAGAGAAUUUAUUCUAAGGAUGUUUGUCGAUCUAAAUCCAGAUAGUGAGAAGAUAAUUUAUUCUCACUUCACAUGUGCCACAGAUACGGAGAACAUCAGAUUUGUAUUUGCAGCAGUGAAGGAUACUAUCUUGCAGUCUAAUCUAAAGGAAUAUAAUCUGGUCUAGAUGAGAAGAUAUCGAAUAAUUUACUUUAACAUCUUAACCAAAGUAUAUUGCGGUAUAGAGACAUUGUUAAACGACAACAGGAGCAGGGAAAAAUGAUAUACCGAAGGGAGACAAGGAAUAAACGAUAACUAUAUAUUGUGGUGCCAUCGAUGAAGCAUCGCAGUUCCAUCAUAAGGAGUACCAACUUUAGCUAAUAAAAAUAUGUAAUACGAUGGAACUACCAGCGAGACAAACAAAGACGGACCUAAAUCUGAGCGUUAUACGUUCUUUCCUAAUACCUUUUCACUAUUAAUACCAACAAACUGAUUUAGUUUCGUACUCCAUUUGUUGAAUUUGUUACCUUUUUAUAGCUUAGUUUAGUCGAUUAUGCUGCGCUAACUGCGCCCUAUCAUCGUCUGAUUUUUAUAUAACGAGAUAAACAAAUGAACAAGAAAUAUUAGAUGGGAAACGUCUAAAAGGAUUACAAAACAAAAAGAAAAAAAAAAAAAAAAACAACAAAACAGAAAGAAAAAAAACGCAGCCAUGCUCGAGUUGUUAAAUCUGUCCAAGUGUUUUUUUUUAAAUGCCAAAAUAUAAAAUUGGGAAUUACCAAAGGAACGCGUGAAGGGGAAAGGCUGGACAAAAGUCCAAGGUGAAAGGUAAUGGAGCAAAGAGGGCGUAGAGGAAGAGGAUAUCAAGAAGGAUGACGAAAGGGAAAAGAGUUUUUCUAAAAAUCACAAAUUAAAGUCGGUAAUACAUAAGUGUGAGAAAGAAAGAGGGAGGGAGAGAGAGAGAGAGAGAGCAAUUCCUAGUGCCAUUUACUAGUGUGGUGUGUUUUUUUAUUGCAAA